CUCCUCUUCGGGUGCCCUUGAAAAUGGUUUGAAACCUAAUGAAGAGCCCCUUCUCAGGAAAAAUCCCCAUCGAUUUGUCAUCUUCCCCAUCCAGUACCCAGACAUAUGGAAAAUGUAUAAACAGGCUCAAGCUUCCUUUUGGACAGCAGAAGAGGUUGACUUGUCAAAGGACCUGCCGCACUGGAACAAGCUAAAAGCAGAUGAAAAAUACUUUAUCUCUCAUGUUCUGGCCUUUUUUGCAGCCAGUGAUGGAAUUGUAAAUGAAAACCUGGUGGCGCGUUUUAGUCAGGAGGUGCAGAUCCCAGAAGCUCGUUGUUUCUAUGGCUUUCAGAUCCUUAUUGAGAAUGUUCACUCAGAGAUGUACAGCUUGCUUAUAGACACUUACAUCAAAGAUCCUGAGAAAAGGGAUUUUUUAUUUAAUGCUAUUGAAACAAUGCCUUGUGUCAAGAAGAAGGCAGAUUGGGCUCUGAAGUGGAUUGAAGACAGAGAAUCUACUUUUGGUGAGAGGGUGGUUGCCUUUGCUGCAGUUGAAGGGAUCUUCUUUUCGGGUUCCUUUGCUGCUAUAUUUUGGCUGAAGAAGAGAGGCCUGAUGCCUGGACUGACUUUCUCCAAUGAACUUAUUAGCAGAGAUGAGGGUCUACACUGUGAUUUUGCUUGCCUAAUGUUCCACUAUUUAGUGAACCGACCAUCAGAAGAGAGGGUCCGUGAUAUCAUUGUUAACGCAGUUGAAAUUGAGCAGGAAUUUCUAACAGAGGCGUUACCUGUAGGUCUAAUUGGAAUGAAUUGCACUUUGAUGAAACAAUAUAUUGAAUUUGUUGCAGACCGGUUACUUAUGGAGCUUGGGUUCUCAAAGAUCUUUCAUGCAGAAAAUCCUUUUGAUUUCAUGGAGAAUAUUUCUCUGGAAGGAAAAACAAAUUUCUUUGAGAAGCGGGUUUCGGAGUAUCAACGUUUUGCUGUUAUGGCAGAAACAAUGGACAAUGUUUUCACUCUGGAUGCAGAUUUUUGAUACCUUGACCAAGAAAGGGUGACAGUUUCCCUUUCCCCAUCUCACUUCCUGCUGUGAAGUUGUCUCUAGUUCCUCUCCUGGAAUUGGAGUCUACUGGAAUUUUUUUUUCCUGGCUUUUCAUGAUCUUUGUCUGCAGAGGAAACACAUUUUGCUCUGUGUCAUUUCAAAAAAAAGAAAAAAGGUCAUUUUUUAAAAAUUUAUAUGACUUUUUAAAAGGAUGGCCUUUUUAAGAUUCCCUUGAUAUAUCUGCUGUGAUUGCCGACUUCAAACAAUGACCCGGAUACUACUACUUUUUUAAAGACUACAUUAGUGUUUUAAGAAAGCAAGCUAUGUGUUUGCCUCAUAUUAUGGUAUUUUGAUCUGAAAACCAGAUGAGGUAUCACUCUAUGUAUAUAUGUUGCUAUAAAUUAUUUUCAUGGUUUGUAUUUUCAUGUUUAUAGAUUUGAUCUAGAGUAAAUACUCUUUUCCUGCUGCAGAAAGAGUAAUAAGUGAAUUUGGAAAGAUGUCAAUAGGCUAUGAGCUGUACAGUCUUAUUAAGCCUAAGGAUACAGUUUGAUAUCCCCAUUAACCUGGGUUUUGUCUGAAGCAGUUUUCACUCUGAUUGCCAACAUGAUGCCUACUGGUAGAAGUUUUAAGACAAAAAUCAUAUAUAUUUGAUUUACAGCUGUUAUUAAAUAGGUCAGUGUACCUUGAAUGGUCCUUGGAAAGGCAAGCCUGUAAAUAAUGGAGUAAAAACACAUCCUAUAGUUUGGCUUGUGCAGCCUGCUUUUCCCUGCUUCUCUUAACAAGUGCCUUACUAAGAAGCCUGUGGCUGGGCUGAGUUGCAGCCAGCAUCGGAAACUGGAACAGCUGGCUCUGGGUAUUGGCUUUGCUCUCACCAUUGUACUGGGUGAUUUGAUAUUCUCCCCUUCUCAGUUUCACCUGAGCAUUGAUGGUGUGAGAAGGCAUAUCAUUCCCGGGUAUUAUCUCUUGAGGUACUACAAACAUGUGACCUGAGCUGUAAGGAAACCCCAUAACGUAUUGAGGUACUUUCAGAAUUGCAUGUUUAAUGUGACCCAUUGAAGUGUCGUGAGAGAGCUUUUUUAGCAUAAGGUAUUAAACCCUUUUAAAAACAAAUCUCAAAGUAGUAUGGGUUAUCAACAUUUUGCAAAUGACUGCUGUAUGGUUUUUGGUGUGUUCCAGUGCCUGAAAACUUUUUAAUUUCCUGAUAACAGGCACAGAGAAUAGAGCAGCUGAAAAACGGCUAAUACGCUAUAGCGAUACUUGGGAUGAAAAAGAUAGUAUUCAUUUGUAGGUGAAUUAUUUGCAAUUAGAUAGGCUCACUUUUUUUUUUCCUCAAAGGUGAAGAAAGUGUAUAUGAACUAGAUGAUGGGUUCUGCUUUAUUAAAUCCAAGCAUUUUUUCAUAAUAUCCAGCACUUCAUGUAAGAGCUUUUAUAAGCGUCUGUCUUGUUGUUCCAAAUGUCUUGUGCCGCUUUCAAUAUGCCUGGCCUAAGAUGAGCUGACAGUUUAGGAUUAUCAGUGAUGGGAUGAUACAAAUUUAUUUCCCUGCCAGCCCAGAUGAGCCACGGCCCAGGCUAUCUGAGUUCCUUCAGAUAGAUCUGUCGCGUGAGCAUGGUUCCUAGUGAACAAUUAUCCCUGGGGUAAAAAUAAGCAGCAAAACUAGCUCUUGCUUUUUCUUUGGUCUCAGCAAAAGAUCAUAAUUUCUUAAUGAGCAUAAAAACAGGACAGCUCUUUUUCCUAGAGAAUAGCAUGCCUCAUUUGCUAUAAAGUAUGUGGAGGGCAGGGGGGGGCCUGAAGAGUACAAGAAAAAGCUGGAACUGGUGUCACUCAAUAAUGUCCUGCAAUUGCAGAAGACCUGCAGGCUCCAGAGAGACAACCUAGCGCCUUUUGCAAAUAUUGUGUUGAUGUGGGGGAAAGACAGGUCUACUGGAGAAAUGGAACCUGUUUAUAGUCACUAAAAGUAAUAAAAACCAUUUUUUUUUGGUGUUGUGACUUAAGAUGAGAGUAUACAAAAUAUGUAAAAGUUUCAUAUUUGAAUGUCCUCAGGUUCUCUAAAUGUAUAUGAGAUACCAAAGUGUGGUUACAACCCCAUUCCCCCAUAUAUGUGUAAAAUAUUUAUAUAGUUUCAAUAAAACUUGAACAUGGAGAGGAAUAUA